AUGGCGGACGCAGGAGGCGAGCGCCCCGAUUGGGGCGCAGAUCUGGUGGAGCAGGCGCGGCAGGUCGCUGCGGGCACCUUUAAGGUGGAGGCGGGCUCUGGCGAGGCGCACGAGGUGGAGAAGGUGGAGAAGGUGGAGGCCGGCUCUGGCGAGGAGCAGGCGGAGCAGAAGCAGGAGGAGGAGGAUCUUGUGGGCAACAAGAGGAAGUGGGACAAGACUGGGUUCUACCCAUAUGACUCUGAUGAAGCUGAGCCGUAUGAGUAUGAAUCUGGAGAUGAUGUGGUCGAGGGGAACGUCGAGUCCUUUGAAGAGAAGGUGGUGUUGAAGAUCAGGGCCCAAGGACCUGGUAUGUACCACAACUGGAGGACGGAAAAGUACCGUUGCCCCUUCUGCAGCAAGCCCAAGCCCAGCAAGUUCAUGGCUAAGGCGAAUGGAAAAAAGGGUGCAACAAUCGAUAAGGAUGAGGAAGUUAUGUCCGGUAAGUGCAAGAGGACCAUUCCUAAGAAAUUUGAAUCCCCCUACGCACUUGACAAGCCCAGCAGGCGUCCCAACCGUGGUCAGAAACCCUCCGGUACUUCUACUGCUACUAGAGCUUUGUUUUCUGAAAAUCAUGAGCCGGAGGUUGUGGCAGAUGAGUUGACGCCGGAAAUAGUUGAUGCAGCUGUUUCAUUUGUCGAGUUAGCUGCUAGCACUGAGAAGAAUAAGGGGAAGAAAGUUUACUACAGUGAAGGGCGUGGCAUAUCUCUGACUUCCGAAAGGAUUCGACCGGUAAUUGAUGCUUAUAUGGGACAUUUGGAGCUGCGCGUUAGUCAUGAUCGUUAUCUCUAUCCAGCGUGGAUGUCCAAAUUCCUUGUAGAUCGUGCUAUCGGACGAGACGAUCCAUUGCCGUCGAGCUGCAACAUGGAUAGUGCUCUGUCCAAAGCUGGAGCAGUUAAUAGAGUCACGAAAGAGUAUACUGUGCGUGAUAAGAUGUAUAUCGCGUUGAAUAUCGACAAUGCCCACUGGAUGACCGUGGUCAUGCACUUGAUCAAGCAAGAAUUCCAAGUUCUCGAUUCGCUCUAUCCUCUGGACCUGAUAGAAAAGACUGUGAAAGCACUGCGAAUGGCUAUAGCACACGAUAUGCACCUAGCAAAUCUUAUUACACCAGGGAAAUAUCCGGACGUAAGUAAGUGGCCUAUCAAGGAGUAUGACAUGCCCCAGCAAGAGGAUGGGAACUCUUGUGGCCUUUUUGUCACAGAAUGUCUAGAACAUUGGGACGGGGACCGAAUGACCCGUGAUUUUUCACAGGCCACCGUUGACGCAAGGAGAAGACGUUUCGUCACGGAGUUGAUUAUGUCACCUUCGAACACGAUGGAGUGUGUGAAGAAUAAAAUUCGUGAAAUCGCAAGGAAAAGGCGCACCUGA